AUGGAACGGCAGGUGGAGCAUAUUCUCAACUUUAAGGGCUCAAUGAAAGGGAAAAGAGUGAUCAAUCGGGAUAGGGUCUCCGGAGCACAGCUAGUGUACAAGGACUACUUUGGUCCAGACCCAACUUUCACAGAUGAUCCAUGGUUUCGUUGUCGUUUCUGUAUGCGCAAACCAUUGUUUUUGCGUGCUGUGGAGGGAGUGAAAGCACACGACUACUACUUCCAGCUCACAAGGGAUUGUUGCGGCCAUCUUUCUUCCUCCGCUAAGCAGAAAUGCACAACUACUCUGAGGAUGCUUACACUUGGUACUGUCGUCGAUGCCAUUGGUGAGAUGGUCCGGAUGGGGGAGAGCAUAUGCCUGAAGACUACUGCCAGGUUUGCCCGCGCCGUGCAGGUGUUUGGAGCUGAGUGUCUAAAGGAACCAAAUGUGCAGGACAUAGAAAAGUUGUUGGCUAUUGGAGAGGCAAGAGGAUUUCGAGGAGUACUUGGAUCAAUUGAUUGCAUGUAUUGGCAAUGGAAGAACUGA